CUUAACCAGAAGCCAUGAGCAUUCAAAGAUUUAUGCUUCUGCUUCUGCAACUGAUCACCCUCAUAGAAGUGCUUUUAGCAGCCGCAGCUUCAGCUCAAACAACAGCAGCAACAUUAAGCCCUCCUUCUUCUGAUCAAGUAGAAGUCAAGCCUGGCUGCCAAGACAAGUGUGGAGAUGUGAGCAUCCCAUAUCCAUUUGGCACAACCCAGGAUUGUUACUACAACCAGGAUUUCCUCAUCACUUGCAAUGACACAUAUAACCCUCCAAAGCCUUUUCUUAGAAAAAGUGACUCAAUUGAGGUCACAAACAUAUCUGUGGAUGGGAAGCUGUAUAUUAAGCAAUACAUAGCCAUACAAUGUUUCAACAAGUCAGGCACGCCAUUGGGUGGCUUAGAAAAUUCUCUCUCCCUCUCCAGAUUCUUCAUAUCAGACACCGAUAACAAGUUCGUGGCGGUCGGGUGUGACACCUCUGCAAAGAUCACAGGUUACAAAAGGAGAGCCUACGGGUACACCGGUGGGUGCACCACAACAUGUGGCAGCAUUGACUUUGUUGCCAACUAUUCAUGCUCUGGUAUAGGCUGUUGCCAAACAUCCAUUGCUAAAGGGAUGACCUCUUUUAAUGUAAGUGUAACUAGUUCCAACAACCAUAAGAAUGUGUGGGAUUUCAGCCCCUGCAGCUAUGCCUUCGUAGUCGAAGAGGGAAAGUUCAACUUCUCCUCCAACAUGCUCAAGGAUUUGGAAGAUGUGAGAUUGCUCCCAGUGGUACUAGAUUGGUCAAUUGGAAAUGAAGCAUGUGAAGUUGUUGAAAAUAAAAAGUUGAUGAACUACACAUGUCAAAAGAACAGUAGGUGUGAUAAUGUUGACAAUGGUGUCGGGUAUCGCUGCAAGUGCAUGGACGGUUACCAUGGGAAUCCAUACCUCAAUGGCUGCCGUGACAUUAAUGAAUGCGAUGAUGCAAACCUCCAUGACUGCAAACAAAAUUGUAUAAAUACAGAUGGAGGCUAUAAAUGUUCUUGCCGGAAGGGGUACCAUGGUGAUGGUAGAACAAACGGAGAAGGUUGCUCCCCUAAUCGAACAUUAGUUGUUCAGAUUACUGUUGGAAUCGGGGUCAGCCUCUUAGCCUUGCUAAUGGGAAGCUCAUGGUUUUACUUGGGAUACAAAAGAUGGAAGCUGAUGAAGCUGAAGGAGAAGUUCUUCCGGAAAAAUGGAGGACUUAUGCUACAACAGCAACUUUCAGAACGACAAGGAUCCACUCACGAAACGGCGAAAAUCUUCACUGCAGAAGAACUUGAGAAGGCCACCAACAAUUAUAGUGAGACUAGAAUCAUUGGCAAGGGUGGUUUUGGUACAGUGUACAAAGGAAUUUUGGUAGACGGCCGGGUGGUUGCAAUCAAGAAGUCAAAAAUGGUGGAUCAAAGCCAAAUAGACCAAUUCAUUAAUGAAGUGUUGGUGCUUUCCCAAAUCAACCAUAGAAAUGUGGUCAAGCUUUUAGGUUGUUGUUUUGAAACAGAAGUUCCACUACUAGUUUAUGAGUUUGUCACCAAGGGAACCCUCUUUGACUACAUCCAUAACACAAGCAAGGCAACGAAAUCAAACAAUUCUUGGGAAAUCCAUCUAAGGAUAGCUGCAGAAACUGCUGGAGUGCUAUCCUACUUGCACUCUGCAGCCUCUGUUCCUAUCAUUCACAGAGAUGUCAAGUCCACAAACAUACUCCUGGAUGAAACUCUCACAGCAAAAGUGUCUGAUUUUGGUGCCUCAAGAUUGGUUCCUAUAGACCAAGCUGAGUUAUCUACGAUGGUGCAAGGAACUCUGGGGUAUUUAGACCCCGAAUACUUGCAGACAAGCCAAUUGACAGAGAAAAGUGAUGUUUACAGUUUCGGGGUUGUCCUGGUUGAGCUACUAACAAGAAAGAAAGCGCUUUCCUUUGACCAGCCAGAGGAAGAGAGAAAUUUGGCUAUGUAUUUUCUUUCUGCAUUGAAAGAGGACCGCUUGUUACAAGUUCUUGAUGAUUGUAUUGUGAAUGAGGGAAACAUUGAGCAGCUUAAGGAGGUUUCAAACCUUGCGAAGAGGUGUUUGAGAGUGAAAGGAGAAGAAAGGCCAACAAUGAAGGAAGUGGCUAUGGAACUAGAAGGACUGAGAAGGAUGGUAAUGCAUCCAUGGGUUAGUAAUGAAGCCAAUUCAGAAGAGACUGAGUCGCUUCUUGGUGGAAUAUCCAUGGAAACUAUUAGUUGUGGAGGCGGUGGCAAUUCAAGUUCUGGGUAUGAUACCAUGAGGAACCACAUUAUGCUACCAGUAAAUGAUGGGAGAUGAUUGUGCUGCAAGUGAACAAGUCCAUUUGAUAGUUUGUGUGCUUUUUUUUUUUUUCCUAAGCUUACAUAGAGCACUUAUUUCUCAGGUUUAAUUACCUUAUUACUUUGUAGUCAAUGUGAUUCUGUGUUGAACUGAAAUCUUAUAAAUGAG